CAUUCUUGUCUCCAUUCCCACCAUGAGGACCUCAGGGAUAUCUCUUGGCUUCUUCAAUGCUACAGUUUUCUGUCUCUUCUGGCUAACAAAGCACGCAGUGGACUCAGCCAAGCUGUCGGCUCCAGAGGUGGUAACAGGAGUGAUAGGAGGAUCUGUGACAGUCCAUUGCCAGUACGACCGUCAGUUCAGAAACUACACAAAGUACUGGUGCAAAGGACUGAUAUAUGAGGCGUGUAAAAUAGUGGUGAAGACACCCAAGAUGCUAUAUAGUGAAAGACACUCCAUUGCAGAUGACAAGGAGGCAGGAGUCUUUACUGUGACUAUGACUUCUCUCAGGGAGAGUGAUAAUGAUAUGUACUGGUGUGUCAUCGCCAGACAUGGAAGGAACACCCGCACUGGUGUCAGGCUGCGCAUCUCUGACACAGUGAUAACAACAACCGCUGCCACCACAACAGCCAAAACACCUGAAGAAGUUGAAAUAAGUUGGUGGGCGACUCUACGUUGGAUCCUCUUUAUUUUAAUGUUAUGUUGUUUGGUGUCGACACACAUCAUUGUGUGGAGGAUAAAGGCUGCAGGGAAAACACAGCUGCAACAUGAAGUUCAAUAUCAGAACACAAACAUCUAUGCUUGAAAGUCAUGGGUGAAUUAUAAACUUAUUCACGCAGCAGCUACAAAACUAUUCCUCCAGUGGAAAUUCUAUCAGUGUGUGAAUUAAACAAAGAACCGAACCAAGUGGAAAAAGUGGCUUUCAGGCUCUUUUUCCUUUGGUAUCUGAAUGAUUAAAACCUAAUUAAUUUCAGUGGCAGGGCCUGAGAUAACUUUGGGUCCAAAUUUAAAAUAUCCAAUCAUGUUAAAAUUAGCACCUCUGGAGGAGUGAGGGUUUGGGGUUUUAUUAAUUUAUUUGCAGAGCUUAUAAGGACCAUCAUAGAGGUUGAUAUUCUUUUAGGUUUAACCUUCAGUUUCACACAUAAAUGUCUUAAAUAUUAUAAAUGUCAACUCUUGUUUUGUCCUGGAUUUAAAAGAGAAAGCAUGGACAAAUAAGGAAGUUGACCGGUGGUGAUAUUGUGCUCUGUUAUUAUACAAGGGGAAGACAAAGGGGUUUUUUGGUAAGUCUUGUGAGAUACCAAACAGCUGAGAUUAAGUGUUUGUCUCAUUGUGCAAACUGGUGACUUCCAGUUACAACAAGAGCUAGAUUACAUUUAAAUUCCUCACAAUAUGUGAUAGAGGAAGUGGCGAUUUGUUGUUUGAUUUUGUAAUGUAGCAUUAAUUUCAGGGCUACUGUGUGUUCUACAUGUUUUCAUAUUUUUCUGUAUAUAAUGAACUGUAUGUAUAUAAAUGCAAAAACACAAAGAACAUGUCUGAUACUCAAAUCUCUUAAUUUCUCUCAUGU